GCUCAAUUCACUCAUUCAUGCGCGUGUUAUGGUUGUCGUCCAACCCUUGACAGAUGGCCGGGUUACUAGCUGUUUUUGCUGGCCUUCAAGCAAUCAUCCUGUCGCUUGUAAACACGAUAGUCAAAGAUGAUUACAUGGAUGAGGUGUUCCAUGGGCCGCAAGCUAGGGAAUAUUGUCGAGGCGCCUUUACAGCUUGGCACCCGAAGAUUACCACGUUUCCUGGCAUUUACUACUUGGGGACGUUGUAUGGCUGGGCGCGACGUGCUGUACAGUUCUUCAUAAGUCCCGUGGGCCCGGACGCAGCCUGCACCACGCCCUUCCUGCGCUCCUUGAACGUUGUGCUCUCCAUCGCCUGCUUAGCCACGCUGCACGCAAUCCUUCAGCAGCAGCGGCGGCGUGGGCCCGCGGCGGUGGCUGCGUCUGCGGCCUGCCCCCCAGCGCUGCAUGCGACGCUGCUUGCGCUGUACCCGCUGCACUGGUUCUUCUCCUUCCUCUUCUACACGGACGUGGCGUCGCUGCUGUUCCUGCUGCUGUGCCAGCUGCAGGCCUCACGCCGCCGCUACCGCACCGCCGCCCUCGCCGGCGCAGCGGCAGUGCUAUGCCGCCAGACCAACGCGGUGUGGACCGCUUUCGUGCUCGGGGAGGCGGCGCUGGCAGAGCUAGGUCUGUUGCGGCCGCUGGGGAGGGCUGCUGCAGCCCAAUUGGAGGAGCGAGGGAGCCGAACGACACCGUACUGCACACGUGCGGAAGGUCGGGAGGAGCGGGGGGGCGCUGCCGCUGCCGGGGCGGAUAGUGUGAGCGAGGGCAGCUGCAGGGGGCCAGCGGCAGCGGAGGAGGGAUUAACGGACGGGUUGGUGUCAGAGCUUCAGCUUGCCUUGGUCAGGGCUUGGACGCAUCGCGGCGCGCUGGCCCGGACGUUGUGGCCGCUGCUGCUGCCGCCGGCGGGCUUUGUGUGCUUCUUGCUGGCGAACGGCGGUUCGGUGGUGCUGGGGGACAAGGAGGCGCAUCGGCCGGUACGGCACGGGGCUCAGCUGCUGUACUUUGCCGGGUGGACGGCGGCAAUGCUGGGGCCGCAGCUGCUGCCGGCGGCGGUUGGCGGGCUGGCGAGGGGUGCAAGGCGGCGGCCCCUGGCGGCAGCUGUCGUGUCGGUGGUUGCGGUGGUGGCGGCGGCGGCGGUGGCGCAUGUAUCUACGAUGGUCCACCCCUACAUGCUAGCAGAUAACAGGCACUACGUCUUCUAUCUAUGGCGGCGAGUGCUGGACCGCCAUGCCCUCGUCAAGUACGCCCUGGCCCCCACCUACGCCCUGGCCUGGGCCCUGCUGGUUGCAGCACUGCUGCGGCGCGUGUCUCGGUUGUGGGUGUUGGGCUUCACGGUGUGCCUGGUGGCCCAGCUGCUGCCGGCAUGGCUGCUGGAGCUCAGGUACUUCACUCCCGGUUUCUAUUUGAUUGCUCUGCAACUGGAGCCGCCUACAAGACUGCAAGCGCUCGCCAUGCUAGCAUUGUACGGCGUUGUUAACGCCGCAACCAUGUACUUGUUUUUGUACCGGCCCUACACCUUCGCUG